AUGUGGCAGACGCUGCAGAAGGCGGAGCGUCUUACGUGGAUCUCCUUCCCUUGGCCGCUGAUCAAGCAACCGUCGACCCCAGAGGACAUUACGACGAACGCAGUCGACGCCUAUAUCCUCUCCCCGUACUAUCCUGAGAAGGACAAGGACAAGGGACGCUCCCACAGGGACCGCAUCAAGGAGCACAUACGACGCUGGCAUCCUGAUCGCUUCGACACGAAGCUCCUCCCUCGGGUGGUGGAAAGCGAUAGGGAGAAUGUGAAGGAGGGCGCUGGGGCGGUGGUGCGCGGGCUGAAUGAUUUGUUGAGGCGAGCGAACACGCCAAAUCCUUUUGAUUGA